UUGGGCGCGAAGUGCCGAUCGAUAUCCUGUUCAGCCGGAAGUAAUUUUUGUGGAAAAUGGGUUUUCACUGAGCCAAUAAAUAUUAGUGAAAUUCACGUAAAUGGAACAUCAAUCAGAUAUGGGGGCGUACGGAGAAAAUCCGAAUGUGCAAAACAGUGGAAAUUAUAUAACUAUAAUCCCCGUGGAUUAUUCAAGGCGAGGAUAUCCUAUGCAGGCUGAAUAUCAGUAUAAUGAAUUCAGAUCUCGCGAGGAAUACUACAGCGUACAAAGCCAGAAGUUGCAAGCAGAAGUGAAUGCCCACUUAUACUCCGUGUCACAACGAUUGCCACACUUAUCGUACAGCCCACUAGGCAGACACAGUGAUUGGGACAAACAUGAUCCGCACAAACCUUUACAGCCUGACUCUAAAGAGAGCAAUAGUUCUGACUCCUUGGAGAAAAGUGUUAUGGUACGCCUUCCAGGGUCGAACCUCAGUAGCUGUUCCAACCAGACUGGGUCGAGCAGCAUUGCGGCAGGCUCCUUCAGUACUACGGAACCAAUUACCAGCGGAGGCAGUUCUUCUAGUGCUAUUUCACCGCCUUUACCAGGUUCAUCAGGCAGCACGGCGUCCUCAUCGACAGUAUCCUCAAACCCCGUGACCUGCAUCUACCUGAUGUCCCGCACCGCAGUUAUGAUGGAGAUGAGCUCCGAAGAAGUUCCCUCUCAUGUGACAGCGGCCAGGUUCCUCAAUGCGCUGCUGGCGACUGAGGAGUUAGGGCUCUCGCAGCCAAGCACUAGGAGCUUGGCAGCUAAUGUGUUUGCGUUGUGGAUGUGCAGUCCUUUGUUAGAAAUCCAAUUAAAACCUCAUCAUUGUCCAUGGAGAUUCUGGGCGAACUGGCAGAAAUUGGUGCAUCGCUAUGGCCACGGCUCGGAAUCCAGACUGAAUCGCGACCAGCCUGUGUUGCGAUUACAAAGAAACGUGUUCUUUCCAAAACAUCUGGAAGAGGGCAUCAAAGAUUCUAGGAUCCAAGAACUGCUGUACGAAGAGGCUCGCCACAACGUGGUGACUGGGCGGUAUCCUUUAGAAAGUGCUCAGGCAGUCAUGUUGGGAGGUCUGCAGGCCAGGAUACAGCUGGGACCUUAUGAUCCUCAUCGACAUACUGCAAGGUUCUUUAGGGCCCAACAAGACAAGUACCUGCCGAAGCACGCCCGGUCGGGGCGCUGGGCGGCGCUGCUGCCGGCGGGGCGCAAGGGCAGCCCGGAGGCGCGGCUGCUGGAGCAGGCGCAGCGCCCGCCCGCCGCGCCGCCGCGCAAGCUGCGCCACAAGUACCUCGCGCACACACGGACACUGCCUACUUAUGGGGCGGCGUUCUUCCAAGGUCAGAUCGAGCAGCCGGUCCGCAGCCUGACAAGCCUGCUGACGCACGAAGACAUACCAGUACUCGUCGCCGUCAACUCCAACGGAGUUUACGUUAUUGAUGAUACUGAGAGCACUGUCCUUUUGGGUCUACUAUACGAGGAGCUGUCCUGGGACUUCGGCAUACCGUCAGACGACAAUGAGGACUGUCUGCCGUGUCUGUUCCUGCAGUUCAUGGUGGUGGAAAAUGGAUUAAGGGUCUCUAAGAUAUUACAGGUAUUCUCAAAGCAAGCGAUGAUGAUGGACACGCUUAUAGAGCACUUCGCUGGGGAGUAUAGGAAGCGACUUGGACAGGAGACUCCCAGUGACCACGCUAAUUAUGACUAUCAUUCAGAUUCAGGCAGCAUAUCCCUCCCCCCUCUAUCCCGUCCGGACUCCCCACAACGUCGGCUUGCCAACAAGCUGUCACGCCUAGCUCUCGCCACGCACGACGGCAGAGGCAAUCUAUUAGGCGGAGCUGGUGAUUGGAACACUGAUCUCAACUAUCCGAGACCUUCGUGGAUACUACCAAAGCAUUAGAGGUUUAGGGAGAAAAUAGAACUUAAAGAGGCUUCA